CUCUCAAAAUGUAGGUGUCAUUGUCCGCUUGGAAAGAGAAAAUUUCCAUGUCCUCAGUAUGCAAGGCAAGGUUGUCGAAGCCAAACCACAAGCAUUGCAUAAGAAAAAAGAAAGCAGAUAUGUUGCAGCGCUCGAUUCAGAGCAGAAUACAAUUCAGAAGAGGGAUAUCGUCAAAGUGACAGAUGGACCGCAUUCUGGUCGAGAGGGUGAAAUUAAACAUCUGUAUCGGAACUUUGCAUUUUUGCAUUCGAGAAUGUAUCUAGACAAUGGUGGAAUAUUUGUCUGCAAAACAAGACAUCUGCUACUUGCUGGAGGGAACAAGGCCACUAACAAUAAUCUUGGUGGAAUGUCACCAAUGCAUGGAUUCAUGUCGCCUCGUAUCUCAUCACCUAUGCAUCCAAGUGGUGGAACCAGAGGCAGAGGAGGUGGAGGUAUUGGGCGUGGUGGUGCUAGUAACAUUCGUCGUGAUAGAGAUUUGAUUGGGACAACCAUCAAAAUCACCGGUGGUCCUUACAAAG